AUGUCUAUUGAUCGGAAUCUCCGAGAGGACGUCGGCGGUAUAGUAGUGUCCCAUCAUGUUCGCUCCCUGAGCCAUAUCUCGGACGUGGUGCAGCGUCUCGACAGCCAGGAUGCCCGGGAGAGAUACCGAGAAGAAGAGGCCGACAAUAAAAUCCAGCAUGCCGAUCCUACCUCGAGCGGCAGUAAUACUCCCAACCAAACUUUAGUGUCGUGGGGCGAGAACGAAGAGGGAAACCCAAACAAUUGGCCCCAGUCCAAGAAGGCCCCACUGGUAAUCUCAAUCAUGGUACUAGUUGUCAAUAGCACCAUGGGCAGUUCGUUACCAAGUAUGGCUAUACCUUUCAUCAUGGAUGAAUGGCACAUUACAGAACAAGAAAAAAAGGUUCUCCCGAUAUCAACAUACCUAAUAGGUUAUGUGUUUGGGCCUAUAAUAUGGGGCCCAUUAAGUGAACAUUUUGGGCGGCGGAACCUUACUUUAGUAACCUUUGGUUUAUUCAUUAUCUUUACGAUGGCUUGCGCUCUUUCGCCGAAUUGGUCUGCACUAUUGGUAUUCAGAUUCUUCACUGGUGCGGUGGCCAGUUCGCCUAUAGCGAUUGUGGCUGGUCAGUUGGCUGAUCUUUACAAUGAUCCUGUGGCUCGAGGCCGUGCCUUUGCUUGGUUCAUGGCUAUGACUGUUUUUGGUCCUCUGCUUGCACCAAUAAUAUCAGGAUUUUGCUCGACCUCGAUAGGAUGGCGCUGGACAUUUUGGGUAGGCCUGAUUUAUGCAGGCUUCUCAUUCUGCAUCGUGCUCUUCCUUGUUCCCGAAACGUAUGGCCCAGUAUUGCUGGCAAGGCGGGCCCAGAAAAUCCGCAAAGAGACUGGCAAGCAAAACAUUUUUGCUGCAUCAGAGCUGGAACGCCGCGACAUUACCACCAUUCUCACUCGCGUCCUGACUCGGCCAAUCCGCAUGCUCAUCUCGGAACUCAUCGUCACCAGCACAUGCAUGUAUCUGGCCCUGGUCUAUGCCAUUUUCUACAUGUCAUUUCAAGCGUUCCCCAUCAUCUUUCAAAAGUUGUACGGGCUCACACCCGGCGUUACCGGAUUGUGCUUCCUGCCGAUUGGUGUCGGUGCGCUUCUCUCGCUGCCCGUAUUUUAUCUCUACGAUCGUUACCUCCACAACGCUCAGAAGCAGGGAAAGCCAUGGAGUACGAAGGAAGAGUAUCGCCGCGUCCCGCUGGCAUGUUUCGGUGGACCGCUGUUUGUGGUCGCGCUCUUCUGGCUCGGAUGGUCUUCCAGGACCAAUGUGUCCUUUGUAGUUCCCAUGAUGGCUGGAAUUCCGUUUGGCAUGGGCUUCAUGUUGAUUUUCAUGGCUCUCCUCAACUACCUCACCGACGCCUAUGAGAUCUUUGCCGCCAGCGCAAACGCCGCGGCUAGUGCCACGCGCUCUCUGCUCGCCGUUGUCCUCCCGUUUGCGACCACGCCAAUGUUUGAACACCUCGGAAUCGCUGGUGCGUGCAGUCUCCUGGCGGGGCUCAGUUGUGUAAUGUGCUUUAUUCCAUUCUUGUUUCUCUGGAAGGGCGAGGAGAUCCGUUCACGAUCUAAAUUUUGCAUCAUGCUCAAACAGGAAAAGGAGGCUGCUGCGGAGAAAGCAAGACGGGACAGUCAACGACGGCAGAAGAAAGAAGCAGAGUCAAGCGAUGAAAAGGUCAUCCUUGGGACUGAAAAGGGAUCUGGGACAGAAAUCGAUGAAAGCGCGAGGCAUGAGUUGGUAUAA